AUGGCGGCGCGGUGGUUCAAGGAGUUUCCGCUGAACCUGAAGACGGCGUCCGAGCGCGCCCGGCCCGGGGGCGGCGGCGGCCGACUGCGCAAGAACUCGGAGGCGGGCGGCGCCGCGCCGGCCCCCGGCAAGGGCCGCAAGAACUCGGCGGCCGAGCUGGGGAGCGGCCGGGCCGGCGGCGGCGGCGGCGGCGGCGCCCCCAGGGACAGCCGGCCGCCCCGGGACGGCCUGCAGGGCCUGAUACAGGCCGCCGCGGGCAAGGGCCGCAAGAACUCGCGGGCCGCCGAGGACGAGCCGCACCGGGGCGUGGCCAGGAGCGCGGGCUGCAGCACCUACAUCAGCAGGCUCAUCAAGGUGGACGCGCAGGAGAAGAACGGCGGCGGCGGCGGCGGCGGCGGCAGUGGCAGCCCCGGCUCCAGCGCCUCUUCCUCCGCGUCCUCUUCCCCUGCCUCCCUGGGCCCCGAACCGGACAAGGGCAAGGUCGUGAGGCAGCAGGACACGGUCAUCAUUUUAGAAGACUACGCUGAUCCUUACGAUGCCACGCGGACAAAAGGUCAGAGGGACGCAGAGAGAGUGGGAGAGAAUGACGGGUACAUGGAGCCCUAUGACGCGCAGCAGAUGAUAACAGAAAUCCGACGCCGAGGUUCCAAGGAUCCCUUGGUGAAGGCUCUUCAGCUGCUGGACGGUCCCUGCGAGGCGGGCGACACCGGCACGAAAUCGGAGACGUCAGCCAAGAGACGGAGCUCCAAGGACCUCCUGGGGAAGCCCCCCCAGCUGUACGACACGCCUUACGAGCCCACGGACGGCGGCCCCAGGACAGAGGAGCGGAGGACACGACUGCCCGCGGGGGACGAGAGGCCAGCGGCCGAGUACGAGCAGCCCUGGGAGUGGAAGAAGGAGCAGAUCGCCAGGGCCCUGUCAGUUCAGUUUGAAGGCUCUGAGCGACCUUCCGUCAAGGAGGACGCGGUGAGGCCGCACCCCCGUCAGAAGAGCUGGACCCCCAAGGUCUUGAAGCCGGCCGCCUCCGAGCACGGCGAGGGCGAGAAGGUGGACCCAGCCCUGCCGCUGGGGAAGCAGCCUUGGUACCAUGGCGCCAUCACCCGUGCGGAGGCCGAGAGCCGGCUGCAGCCCUGCAGGGAAGCUGCCUACCUGGUCCGCAGCAGCGAGUCCGGGAGCAGCAGGUACACCAUCGCACUGAAGACUAGCCAAGGGUGUGUCCACAUCAUAGUGGCCCAGACCAAGGACAGCAAGUACACGCUGGACCAGACGAGCGCGGUCUUUGGCAGCAUCCCCGAAGUGGUGCACCACUACUCCAGCGAGAAGUUGCCUUUCAAGGGGGCGGAACACAUGACCUUGCUGCACCCCGUGCACAGCAAGCUGCACUAAGGUCCGGCCAGCAAAGCGCCGGCCAGGCCCCUCCUCCCGCGACGUCGGCGCCCAACCAGCAUCCGGGGGGCGAGGCGGGGACCGCACCCCGGGACUUGGUGCGAAGUGAGUCUCCGUCCAGAAGGCAAAACCUGGGGUCCUAAAUCCAUUCCGUGACACUCGGUCGCUGACCUGUUGCUUUUCCACAAUGAGAAGUCAUGAUUUACCAGCUGCCUCCGCUCUCUGGGGUAGGUGUUCUGUUUUGGAGAGGGGAGACUCUCAGGAAAGGUGAGUCAGGAGUCCAGGAAUAUUGUUUUCCAAAAACGUGCUAGUUGUCACACGGAGGACCUGGUCUCUAAACAAACCAACAGAAAUGCAAUUGGCAUUAAUACGAGGCAAUAAAAAUGGUCACGUGGGCCCAGGGAGCGCAGGUUACGGACCCCUUUUUGGGGAAACGGACGAAGAGUGGAAAAUGAGUGAACAGCAGGUGAUUUGGAGAAAGCUGUGGAGUCCGGGAAGAUUCACAACUCUGACAAGAUUACUUUGUUGCUCAGCCUUCUGAGAAAGUUGUGUUUUCUCAGUCUCUGGGGACUUUUUUAUCAUUAUUCAUAGAAGCAUACACAGGCAGGAAGACGCCCCUGACUUAAGAAUCAGCAGUAUAAAUUAAGCCUUGGCAUCGUUUUAAUUCUGAAUUCUAGAAUGAAAUAUACAACAAAUCUGAAAAUUUGAAAAGCUCAGCAGCCUCGAGCUGGCUGGUUUUUGCUGGAUGAUUUUGCAGAACCCGAGUACCUUCGUUCCAUCCUCGGGCAUUUCGGCUGCUGGGGCUGGUUUUUAAUAUUUGCUCCCUAGUUUGAUUUGCUUUGUGUUUGGGAGUAAAUGCUAAGUAUAUGCAUAUGUGUACCUCUCUCCGUCCGUCCCUAGGACGUGACUGCCCGUGCUCCCCUCCGAAACGUGCAGUGUCUCCUGGGCUAUGCAGAGCAGGCCAGCUCCCGGCAUAAAAAUAUUUCUAAAGAGACCAAGGUUUCCCUAUGAAGAUAUUAUAUUAAAUUAAUAUUCCUAGUCUGCUUACCUUCAUGGUUUAUUGGGAACUUACAUUGACCGUUGACUUACUGUGAAAAAAUUAUGUAAAAAACCACGAGAAUGGCUUCCUGUGAGGAGACCCCGGGGACGGCCAGCGGUUAGAGCCGAGCAGACGCUUCCGUGUUCCGGGUCUGCCGCGUGGACCUCAGAACUGGCCCGCGUACACGUGCACCGUCAUCCACGAAAAGCUCCUUUUUGUGGCUCCUUUUAAAUACACGGAAGAAGUUGAUUCGGUUAGUUUUUAGGAAAGCACGUCAUUCUGGUUAGUCGUUACCGUUCUGUCACGAUUUAGAGGUUAGUAGAUCCUUGCUUUUUUAUUCAGUUAAGGUUGUCGCCAGCGGGUUGUGCGAUCUUGGAUUUAAAAACUUGAGAGGAACCUUUUCUUACCGAAUCUCAGUGAUUUUAUUAAUGAGAGUCUCCUGUGUUUUAAAUACUGACAGAAUGUUUCCAGUGUGUAUUCACUGUGUGUGACAUCUUUGGCACAAGAUUUUUUUUGUUACUUUUAGCAUCUACAGUUCCAAUUCCAAAUCAACAAAUAUUUAUUAUCUUCCAUAUACAAAUCACUUAUUAAACUUAUUUUUAGUUCAACAUUCUAAAAGUGAAACCUUAUUUUCUACUUAAACUUAUUCUACAGAAUACAGCGGUUAUCCUGAUUGUAAUAAAUGCUAAAAGCUUUGUACAGUU